AUGUCGUUUCUGUUUGGUCGAGCCCGCGCUCGCACCGCGGCCGAUCUCCCCAAACAAGCUCGUGAACACGUCCUGAAGCUCGAUGGUCCCGCCGGCACCGCAAAAGCCGAGGAGCUGUCUCGCGUCCUCGCGCAGAUGAAAGUGAUACUGCAAGGCACACAAGAGACCGACAGCUCGCCAGAACAAAUAUAUCAGCUCGUUACUGGAAUGAUUGACGAAGAUCUCCUCCAUUUGUUAGCCGUCAACCUCCAUCGCUUGCCCUUCGAAUCGCGAAAGGAUACCCAAGUCAUCUUCUCAUACGUAUUCCGAUUUCGUCCUGCCGCGGCAGCUCCAAAAAGCGAUCCGAUAGCUCUGUCAUACGUCGUUUGCAAUCGUCCUCAGGUUCUUGUGGAGCUGUGCCGAGCAUACGAUCAUAAAGAGAGUGCAACUCCAGCAGGAUCAGUACUCCGCGAACUACUCAAGAAUGAAGCUGCGGCUGCUGUUAUUCUCUAUGAUGACGGUGAUGCGCCAGGAUCUAGUGCGAAAGGUCUUAAUGCUAUCGACAGGGACAGACCCCAGAGUGGAAGGGGAAUUUUCUGGAGGUUUUUCGACUGGAUUAAUAAAAGCUCCUUUGAAGUUGCAGCUGACGCCUUCACAACAUUUCGGGAGCUUCUGACACGACACAAAGAUCUCGUUCCGCGAUACCUUUCUGCGAAUUUCGAUCUCUUCUUCGACAAAUACAAUAAUACACUGGUUCAAUCGAAUAGUUACGUCACGAAGCGUCAGUCUAUCAAGCUUCUUGGUGAGAUCUUGUUGGACCGCUCCAACUACAGCGUUAUGACUGCCUAUGUCGACAGCGGCGAGCAUUUGAAGAUAUGUAUGAACCUGCUUCGAGACGAUCGGAAGAUGGUCCAGUACGAGGGUUUCCAUGUUUUCAAAGUGUUUGUCGCCAACCCUCAUAAGUCUCUGCCGGUUCAGAAAAUUCUGUUGAUGAACCGCGAGAAACUCUUGACAUUUUUGUCUCAUUUCUUGGAGGACAGAACAGAUGACGAACAAUUCAUUGACGAGCGAGAAUUUUUGAUCAAGCAAAUUAGGAACAUGCCCCCAACACCAGUGCCAUCACAGCGGUAG